UUUAGCUUCCAACUUCUCGCAACCGUGCUCGAAAAGUUACAGCUCAAGGGAGGGACCCAGGGACCAUUUUAGGUUAUUUUUAUCACCAGUCAGGAACAAAGUUUGACCUCACCUUCUAAAUAAGGCAUUUAACCAAAGAAUUUGGAGCUUCAUGACACCAUCCUUUGAAUGACUGGUCGACAUUCUGUACUACAUGAUUGCUGAUCUUGAGCUUCAUUAGCUAUCAUAUAACCAUACAGGCUGUCCAAUCCAUUUGUCAAUAAGGAAGCUCUCUCUCCCAUUAUUUGUUUAAUCUCUCUUCAAGUUCCUCUCCAUCCUCGCAGGGCACCAGCUCGGUCUCAGUGUCAUCCUUUGCCUGAUACCCCUCCAUGUCUUUUUACAGUUGUAAGGAAUGUGGGGCAAGUGUAAACCUCAACAGCAACAACCUCUUCCCUCCAGAUGCUUACUUUGAAGCAGGCAACAAGGGAACUCUUUCCUUCUCUUCAAUAGACACAUCCAAGUUUAAGCUUGAGCAAGAGGACAAGAUCAUGCCUUUCUUUGAGACUCUGAAUUAUUGGGGCAUUCAAAGGAAGCGCACCAAGAUCAAGUGUUUGGCUUGUGGAAAAUUGGUCGGCCAUAUUUACGACGAUGGUCCUCCGCUCACAAACAGCACAGGUCAGUUUGGCAUGGGCCCCAGCCAAGUUAUCCCUAGGCUGCCUAGGUAUAGGUUCAAAACCAAAGCUCUUAAAUUGGAGUCGCACAUCUAAGGGAAGAGAAGUUGCCUUUCACACAUGACUUGCUAAUUUUUGAUCAUUUGGAAGACUUUAUGUAUGUUCUUGUUGAUUGGGACAGGGUUCCGUUCUAUACUAUGACAUUGGAUUUUUGGUUUAAAACUUGUGUAUAGUAGCUUGUGUUGUGUAAUGUUUAUACCUCUGUAUAAAUGUGAUGUAAGGGGCAUGGAACUUUUGAUGUAAUUUUGAAUUUUAUUUGAUCCUGAGAAUGUUAGAUCCUACUCUUCCAA